AUGAUGACUUUCUGUUCUCCUUGCAAUCGUGUGUUCAAGGAUGAGGCCGCGCUGUCGAUGCAUUUACGAGACAACAAAGUGCAUCAAGACGACCCAGCUGAAGCAAUGGAUGAGUCCACCUGGAAGUGCGUGCGCUGCGAUACCGAUUUCGACUCGCAGGAAGAUCUGAGACUGCAUAUCCUGUCAUCCGAACGGCAUUUUGCAUGCAUGGAAUGUAUGGAAGCCGGAGAGUGGCAGGAUUUCUUGACCAGGAGGGCGUUGAAGAGUCAUAUCUGGGGAAAACACCGACAAGGCGCAAAACAGGGAAAUACGGUUCCGACGGGUGUGCGAGAUACGCCGUUGGACGGAUUCUUCACUUCGUUUGCGGGAUUCGCGUAUGAUCCCCAUCGGUCGCCGGAAGCUUCGUGGAAGACGUUGCGGAAAUUCAAGGCCUGGAGGAAUGGACCUGGUUUGAGGAGCCCUGAGGAGGACGAUGCGUGGGCGCAAUACCAGCGGGCGCUGGCGAGGGAGGUUGAGAUGUGGUUUGGUGAUGAGACGGAUUUGACGGCGUGGCGAACUCUUUGCAAGGCGGUGGGGAAGGUUGAUCCGCCUUAUGAUAUUCGGAAGUGCAAAGGGAUUCUUCGAAACACGCAUGUCAAUAUCGUCGACCUGAUUGCCUGGGGCAGAAACGGGGGAGACGAGAACGAUGGCGAAAAGGUCAGAGUGUUCAAGUCUGUUGAGGAGCUGAGCAAAUAUACUGUGAAGCAUAAGAAGGUGUUUACAAAACAGGAGUUGAUGCAGUACAAUGGAGGGAAUGUGGUGCUAAAGCAUCUCCUGAGAGUCAUAUUCUCGAAAGGACGACGUUGGAUGUUGUGA